UCGGCUGAAGCUGCCUGGCGCUAGAACCAGGAAGGCGCUGAGCUUAAACUGAAGCAAGUUCGGUGGACGCCGGCGGCGCCCUCAUCUAAAGAAACGUCUUAGAGUCUGCGGCGCUUGCACGUCAACGGAAGGUGUGAGCCCAAAGAAAUGGGACGUCGGUCAUCAGAUACUGAAGAAGAAAGCAGAAGCAAGAGAAAAAAGAAACACCGUAGACGGUCCUCCUCGAGUAGUUCUUCAGAUAGUAGAACAUACAGCCGAAAGAAAGGAGGAAGGAAAUCAAGAUCAAAGUCAAGAUCUUGGUCCAGAGAUCUUCAGCCUCGUUCACAUUCUUAUGAUAGAAGACGCAGGCAUCGAUCAAGCAGUAGCUCUUCUUAUGGCUCCAGAAGGAAACGAAGUCGAAGUCGUUCAAGGGGUCGAGGGAAAUCCUAUAGAGUUCAGAGGUCUAGGUCAAAAAGCAGAACAAGAAGGGAAUCUGGAAACAUCAAAGCUGGAUUAGAACAUCUGCCACCGGCUGAACAGGCCAAAGCCAGACUACAGCUGGUUCUUGAAGCUGCUGCAAAAGCUGAUGAAGCAUUGAAAGCCAAAGAAAGAAAUGAGGAAGAAGCAAAGAGAAGAAAGGAGGAAGGUAAAGAAAUGCUACUAAAAGAGUGCCUUUAAAGGAAACUGUGCUGCAAAAAUGAUUCCCAUGAUGCAUAUAUGAUUCCUGUCUGUGGAAUCAAAAGCUGAAGAUGGAUCAGUUAAUACCAUGCAAAGUCUUAUACUAUACUUCACCAUAUUCUUUGCAAAAUGAAACAGUAUAGCAGAGAUCGAAUAGAAUGGUUAUAGCUAAAGGCUGUAUAAUAUGUUUGAACGAUCUACACUUAUUGAGAAGAAAACUGAUGUUGAGUUAAAUAAGCUGGCAACACUGUCUACCCGUCAAGUUAUCUUAAAUUUAAUUUUUAGCAGAAAUAAGGAGAUAUAUCUAUUUACUAAAAAUAAAAAACAUACCAGUGUUCACAUCAGGAAAACAAGUUGGCAAGUG